AUGCAGCCGAAGAUAUCAAGUGAAGCUAAGAGUGUAGAGCCUUUGCCGACAUGUGAAAAAUCGCCAGCCAAGUUUAAAUUAUCAACAAUUUCAACCUAUGGUGCUUUACCAUCAUCUUUCUCGCAGUCUACAAAGAAGAUAGUGCCAAUAAAUAGAUUAGAAGGCAGCUAUUUCACUCCGACAAGCCACAAAGUGUAUGUGAAGUCAGAAAAGAAUACUCCUUUAAAACUAUAUAUAGAAAAACCUGGACUUUUCUUCACGAAGAAAUCGUUUGAGUUUGACUUUGGAAGUCAAAUAAAACAAGCCGCCAGCGCAAAAAGCUUUCCAAUUGCUUCUGAAGCUCCUGCAGUGUCUAAUUUCCCAAUUGACGACAGCAAAGAUGACUGUUCAUCAGAUUCUUCUAGAAAUAUAAGCACAAAUAGUCACCUUAUCCCUAUCAAAUUAAUUAAGAUCACCUCUCCUGCAAUGUGUAGGAUCUGUUUGGACUCUGAAAAGUCAGAAGAUUUAAUCAGCCCUUGCAAGUGUAAAGGCACUCAAAAGUUCGUGCAUCAAGAAUGCUUGAAAAUUUGGCUUCUGCAGAGCAAAAGGGGAAAUCAUGAGAUUUCUUCGUGUGAGCUGUGCCACCAGCCACUGAAAAUGAGCUUCAAUUAUACCACUGAAUUCAGCCCUUGCAGCAAAGGAACUAGUGUGGCUUGGAUUUCAUGUAUAAUUGGCUUCUUAAUAAUGUGUGCAGUGAUUUUCAUGUUUUAUUUUGCUUCAGCAGAGCAUAUACAUGAAGAUUUGAUGGUAAUUAUUUUUGGGUCUAUGCUGGGGAUGCUUGCUUGCUUUUGUUUUUUAUUGUCAUUUGCGUCGUCAGUUGAAAAUUGUUUUGAUAGAAAAGUUGUGGAAUGAAAAAUUGAAGAGCAUGUCUUACAGACUGAAAAUUUGACUAUUAAUUAA